UACCCGAACACACCCAAGGUGGUAUGUAUGAACAAGGCGUAGGUAGGUAUAAGAGCGGUGUGUCGGAGUCGUCAGGCACAACGCACCCACAACAUACGCAGGAAUCCCACAGGCGGUCUGAGGGGCGUGCGAAACGUCGGAGCAGCCUGGGCAGUGAGACCGGUGAGAAGAACAUGUCGGAUAUAAAUAGAAGGAGUGUGGAUAUAAAUAGAACGGCCGAGUCGGGUGCGAGGACUAAAGGCGGGGUCACUCCACAGCCACAGCACAAACAGCCCGAGUUUAGUCUGAGUGUAGAUGAGGAAGGAUUGGGUGCUAAGACAGGUGAGGAUAUGCAGUGGGAUAUGAAGACCGAGAUCAACACACACAAGAACGCACACGUACAGGCACACCCCAACACAGACACCGGCGCAUCACUCGCGACUACACACACAAGCACACCACACACGCACACGCACACGCACACGCACUCGCAUAAGCCACAUUUGCGGGCAGGUGAGGAUGUAGGCGAUAUAGCGGAGACGAUUAUGGAGGACAGCGGGGGUGAUACCAGUGGCAAUGAGGGCCAACAAAGGGGUCUUUCCACGUCAUCGCUGGGAAUGGGCAACCGAGCGACGAGUGCGUCGCCUCUGCCUCACAGGGGUCCGGCAUCUCGGGUUUUCAGCCAUAGAUUCACCACCAGCUCGACCAACAGUAGUCCCAACAAGCCUCAUCGCAGAUCUUCACCCACAACUAUCAGUAACGCGGAUGGGGAACGCGUGCUGAGCAUAUUGGGCAGUAGCCAUAGCGCAGAGAAUGCCGAUUCGCCGGUUACGGUCGGGAAUCCGACGAUUG